AUGGCUGAUGAUGAUGUUAUUGUGCAGGAUGAGCCAGCCGGGAAGGAGCCAGAGCCUGUGCAAACUGAGGACAAGAAGAAGAGUAAUGUGAGAGAAUACCAGCCUCCAAUUCCAUAUCCUGCUAGGUUAAAGCAGGAGAAGAUGCCCAAGUAUGCGAGGUUCUUGAAAGAGAUUCUAUGCAAUAAGAGGAAGCUGGAGGACUGGGGACUGGUGACAUUAAAUGAGGAAUGCUCAGCCAUUCUUCAGAAAAAGCUGCCAGUGAAGAGGCGUGAUCUAGGGAGUUCCACUGUACCCUGUAUUAUUGGUGAUUUACUUAUUAGUGAUGCUUUAGCUAAUUUAGGUGCUAGCAUCAAUUUAAUGCCUAACAAUUUGUUUGAGAAAUUAGGUUUGACUGAGCCUAAACCUACUAGGAUGAGCAUACAGUUAGUAGAUAGGACUGUGAAAUAUCCUAGGGAAAUAGUUGAGGAUAUACUUGUUAAGGGUGAGAAUGGCGUGCCUUUAAUUCUAGGUAAACCUUUCCUUGCAACAUCUAGGGUUGUUAUAGAUGUGUGUGAUGGGAAUUUACAGCUUAGAGUAGGUGAUGAGACUAUUACCUUUGACCUUAACACUUCUAUGAGACAUUCAAUUGACCAUGAUGAUACUGUGUAUUCUGUAGAUGUUUUGGAUGAUACUGUGGAGUCACAAUUGAAGGAGAUAUUACUUGAUGAUCCUUUGAAGGUCCAUUGUCCAUUUGAUAGGUCAGGGGUGCAGAAAUUGAGACCUUCACUUGAGGAGCCACCAGCCUUGGAAUUGAAGCAGUUACCUAAGCACUUGACCUAUGCUUAUCUGGAUCAGGCGGAGAAGCUACCAGUGAUCAUUAUAGCUAAUUUGACUCUUGAGAAGAGGGAGAUGACUUUGGCUUCCCUCAAGAAGGCUCAAUGA